AUGAAUGACGCAGAUUCUCGCAAUUUAUUUGAUAAUAUUAAUAAAAUGAUCAAAACUGUCGAACUUGUGUCAUCACUCGCAUCACAAUUUACCAAUAAACUCGAUUAUAUGCGGCGAAACUCAUUAGAAAACAUGGAUCAAUUUUACAAAAGAAAGAAGCAAGAAUUUGAGUUUCAUCUUCGUCAACAACAGAAGCAGCAAUUGAAUCAGUUAACCUUCUUACGUAAUCGAAUUGUUUUUGGAAUUAAAGAGAAAACCAUCGAUGAACAUAUGUUUGAUCGACUCAAUCAUUUAAUUGUAUCUCUUCAAAACCAAGUGAAUCAAUUUCAAUCUUAUCGAUUAAAUAUUUCUUUUGCAGUCGUCCUUAAUGAUUUUGCUCUUCUUCGAGAUCAUAUUUCCAACUUCAACGAUAUUUUACCCUUAUCCUCUUCGCGAACAACAAUCAAGUUGCCAACGAAGUGUUUGUCGAUGUCAAUGAAAGAGAAUCUUCUCUUGAUAAACACCGAUUUCAAUCUAAGUGUAUUAGAUGAAAAAUUCAAAUUUAUCCAAUCGAUACAAUGGAAUAAUGAACCUAUUUUAAAUAUGUUUUGCUCACAAACACUGAAUCGGUUUAUUCUGAUUACUUCGAAUAGAAUCUUCAGUGUUGAUGAACAAUUAAUAAACAUCGAACGAUUACCAAUCAAUGGAAAGAAUUGGUUAACUGGAACAUGUACAAAUGAGUAUUUGUUUCUCGUAACAUCGAAAAUCAAUUCAAUAAUUUUCAAAUAUUCUUUGUCCGAUUCUUUUCGAGCCAAUCAAAGAUAUCCAUCAUUUGCAAUUAAUUGUCAAGAAAAUGAAUUAAUUCAUGAUUUAUCAUCAAAUAACGAUCUUCUAGCAAUUGUUCUGCGAACAACGUCUCAGCAAAUUCAAUUAGAUUUAUGUUCGCCAGAAACACUCGAACGAUAUUGGUCAUUCGAAUUAAAUUCGAUGAAUGAUUUUCAUUCAUAUCGAUGUUGUCCUUUGAAAUUUCAACAAUGGAUGCUUAUAAAUCCAAAUAAUCGUGAACUUAUUCAUAUUUCCAAUCAAGGAAAACUUGUUAAAAAAGCAAAAUAUCAUCGAUCGGUACCCAUGUAUGCUAUUCAAACAGACGAUGGUCGUUUCAUCAAUAUAAUGACAAACGAAUGUAUUCAUCAACAUCAACUUUAUUGA